AUGGAGCACGUCGUGCAGAUGCUCGAGAACCACGAAGCGGCGGCUAAGCAUCUCAAGAAGCAUCGGCCGAAGAACUUCCGCUGCGAACACUGCGACGUCGCGUUUAGCAACAAGGGACAGCUGAAGGGACACAUCAGGAUUCAUACCGGCGAGAGACCGUUCAAGUGCGACGCAGCCGGUUGCGGCAAGUCGUUCACCAGGAACGAGGAAUUGACCAGACACAAGAGGAUCCACACAGGACUGCGUCCGCACGUUUGCCUAAUCUGCGGGAAACGCUUCGGCAGGAAGGACCAUUUGAAGAAACACGCGCGGACGCACGCGAAUCGCGACCCGUACCGCGUGUCCGCGGCGGCUUUCAACGCGUUCGCGUUGGGACAUCCGUUCCCGCCGUACGUCUACCCCAUGUGA